AUGAGGGACUUUUUUCUGCUAGAAAUGAACUCUGACCUUUUCCGAAAGGACUGCUUCAAAGUAGGAAAUGCUUUCACCUUCAAGGAAGUUCGUGAUAUGGCAAUGUCAGAAGAGUCAGCAGACAAACAGCUUCAGCUAAUGAAUACCGAAGUAUACUCGAUCAAUGUUCGUAAAGGAUAUCAACGCCAAGGAAACCAGCGACCAACCCCUAAUACUGGCUGAUGUAAACCGCAAGCCUACAGAAACUGUGGCUGGGGUCCCCACCCUAGAGAGCAGUGCCCAGCGAAGAAUGCUACAUGUCACUACUGCCAGAAAGUAGGAUACUUAGCAAAGGUAUGUCUGUCAAAGCAAAAGACGAAAAAUGUGCAUGAAAUCGAAGCGACCAGUGAUGGUGCAACUGAAUCAGUACUAGAACCAAGCCAGUCAUCCCGUGAUCACAUGUUUUUGUGCCCAAUUAGUGCAACAACCUUGACUAGCAAUGUCCACGUUAGUCCUGUAAGUAGAAGACCCUUUUAGAGGUUUGCCUGGCACUGAGCCCCGAAGGAAGCAAACACGUUCCUUGUGUAAGAUAGACUCGGAUGCAGAAACCAACAUCAUACCCAACUAG